CGUCAUUCCACAAGAAAUCCUGCCCUCAUUCUCCUCGCUAGGGUUUUAAGAGCAGUAUAAAACGCAAACAAUAUGUCUGUCUCGCCUCUCAACUGAAUCACUCAUCGCCGCACCAAGCAAACCCUAGAAACCAGAGCAGCGAAAAUGACAACAGUACCAGGACAGCUGAUAUGGGAGGUCGUCAAGAGGAACAAUUGUUUCCUCGUCAAAGAGUUCGGCAACGGAAAUGCCGGCGUUCAGUUCAGCAGAGAGCCUAACAAUCUCUACAAUCUCAACUCCUACAAAUUCUCCGGGUUGGCACAAAAGAAAACUGUUACCAUUCAGCCAGCUGGUAAAGAUCAGGGUGUGCUUCUUGCUACAACAAAGAGCAAGAAACAGAGCAAGCCAUCAAGUGUGCUCAACAAGUCCAUCAUGAAGAAGGAAUUCCACCGUAUGGCAAAGGCAGUUUCUAACCAGGUGGCUGACAACUACUACAGGCCAGAUCUGAAGAAGGCUGCCCUUGCAAGGUUGAGUGCUGUCAACAGAAGCCUGAAGGUUGCCAAGUCUGGCGUUAAGAAGAGGAACAGACAGGCUUAGGUCUUCCAGGAAAGAGAUCUAAAUGAGAUGCUAUGCUUGGUCUGUGGUCGGAAAUUGUGUUCCCGUCUGUUCUGAUCCUUUUUUGUUUUGGGAUUGUAGUAGAUUAAUAGGUUUGUGGACACAGAAUUAUCAUCAUAAUACUCUUCCUUCUAUUAAGUUGUUUUUACAUGGACAUGUGUUACUUUUGGAUUA